AUGGCUCUUCUUCCUGGAAGCAAAUUAUACGGAAAGCUUACCCGUUAUCCAUGUAAGUCUUUUCAAGAAGUUCAGGCAAGAGCAAGCAUUCAAAUUAAAUGGGAGGAAGAUGAAGGAAGGCUUCCAGAGCGACUAACAGAGCAGCCUAAGAAAUCUGAGCAAAAGCAACAAAAGCCACCUCCUCCAGAGAAGACGAUUAACGUAAUAUUUGGUGGAUCGGAGAUUAGCGGAAUUACACAUUCAUCAGCAAAGAAACAUGUCAAGCAAACAGAAAAUUAUGAGGUAUGGAAUGAUAAGCUGAUGGUACAAUUCACGAGACAAGUUAUCAGCUUCACAGACGAUGAGAUGACGAAGCUACUCAAUCCACAUGAUGAUGCCCUGGUAAUAACUUUGCAAAUUGUCAAUUGCGAAGUUAAAAGAGUCAUGAUUGGUGAUGGCAGUUCAGUAAAUUUACUGUUCAUGUCCACACUCCAAGCAAUGGGACUUUCAGAAGUCGAUAUAAUCAGAGGUCCUAUACCACUCAUUGGCUUCAACGGAGAACAGCAAUUCACCAUCAGCUCUAUUCCAUUGCAAGUAUAUGCAAAAGGAAUAAAUCUCCAGCAAGGGCCGAUUCUAAGCAAUCAAAAAGAACCGGCUAAUAAGGAAAUAGAAGAAAUCAUCAUUCAUCCUGAUUAUCCAGACCAGAAGAUUCAGAUUGAAGCCAACCUGGAUCACCAACUUCGAGAAAAUUUGAACCAAUUCUUGCAAAAUCAUAAGCAUACUUUCGCUUGGACGCAUGCAGAUAUGAUUGGAAUUGAUCCGAAUAUCAUCACUCAUCAGUUGCAAGUCGAUGAUAACUUCCUUCCACUUGCAAAUGUGGUUGUGGUAAAAAAGAAGAAUGGAAAGUGGAGAGUCUGUAUUGACUUCACAGAUCUGAAUAACGCUUGUCCAAAAGAUUCUUUCCCACUCCCUCAUAUUGAUAUACUUGUGGAUGCAACAACAGGGCAUGAAUUACUCCGCUUUAUGGAUGCAUUCUCUGGAUAUAAUCAAAUCUUAAUGCAUCCAAAUGAUCAAGAAAAAACUGCAUUCAUAACCGAACGUGGCAUAUAUUGUUAUAAGGUGAUGCCGUUUGGAUUGAAAAAUGCAGGAGCAACAUAUCAAUGGCUCGUCAAUCGCAUGUUUGCCAGUCUGCUCAGAAAGACAAUGGAAGUAUAUAUCGAUGAUAUGCUAGUAAAGACUCUGAAAGCCGAAGAUCAUAUCGAGCAUCUUAGACAAGCGUUUGAAAUUCUUGAUGCUCAUCAAAUGAAGUUAAAUCCUCUAAAAUGUGUAUUCAGAGUCAAAGCAGGAAAAUUUUUGGGAUUCAUAGUUACACAAAGGAGCAUGGAAGCAAAUCCUGAUCAAAUUCAAGCAAUACUUGAUAUUCGUUCCCCCACAACAAUAUGA